AUGCCGACGCUCACCAACCUUGAGCUCACGAGCCUGUUGCCCGAGGAGCUGCCGGUCUCUGUGGUUGGGAUUAUCGCGACCGUCGUCAUCGGUAUCAUAUACUCGGUUCUCAUGAAGGAAAGGCCCCUGGCUGGGUUUCCUCUCGUCGUAGUCGAAGGACAGACGCCGCGGAACAGUUGGCUGUACCAUGCCCGACGACUUAUCAUCGAAGCACAGAAAAAACACUCCGGCGCUUUCCAAGUCAUGACCGGCACCGGACCCAAAAUCAUCCUCCCUAACCGCUACGCCGACGAGCUCCGCAACAACCCUUUCGUUAACUUCAACAAAGCCUUCAUGAAAGACUUCUUCAUUGACUACCCUGGCUUCGAGCCGUACAAGCAGGGCCUUGCGGACGCAACCCUGGUCCCGGAAACGGUUCGCGUCAAGCUGACCCAGUCGCUAAACCUCAUCACCGAUGACCUCGUCGACGAGACUACCGCCUCGGUCCACGACAUCUACGGCGAGGACCCUGAAUGGAAGGCCAUCAGCUUGCGCAACUCGGUGGCGGACAUCGUGGCCCGUCUCUCGUCGCGCGUGUUUCUGGGGAAGACGCUCUGUCGUGAUAAGCGGUGGCUGGAGAUCACGAAGACGUAUACGAUAGAGUCUUUCAUCGGCUCGUAUCUUCUGCGUCUCAUCCCCGUGCUUUUGAGGCCUCUUGUGCACUGGUUUAUUCCGCAAUGCAAAGCCUGCCGGACAGCUAUCCGUGACGCCCACAAGCUAAUCGACCCGGAGGUGGAACGGCGUAAGGCGGCCGUCGACGAUGCGUUAAGAAGGGGUGUUAAGCCGCCUAAGACGGCCGACACGAUUGGCUGGAUGUACGAGGUAGCUAGGGGGAGGCACGUGGACUACGUAGCCGGACAGUUGUCUCUGACGCUGGCGGCUAUCCACACGACCACCGAGGCGCUGUCGACCGCGAUGCUAGAUAUCUGCGAGUUCCCCGAGACGCUGCCGGAGCUGAGGAAGGAGAUUGUCGAGGUUAUCAGCGAGCAUGGGUGGGCCAAGACGUCGCUGUAUAAGCUCAAGCUCAUGGAUAGUUUCUUGAAGGAGUCGCAGCGGUUAAGCCCUACCGAUAUGACCUCGAUGAACCGCUGGGUCGAAAAGGAAAUUACCCUUUCCGACGGCACCGCGCUCCCCAAAAACAGCCGUAUUUCGGUCUUGACCAACUACGACGACCCAUCCAUCUACCCAGAACCCGAGAAAUUCGACGCCGCCCGCUUUCUGAAGAUGCGCCAGCAGCCGGGCAACGAAAACGCAUGGCAGGUAGUUAGCACGAGCGCGGACCAUAUGGCCUUCGGUCACGGCCAGCACGCUUGCCCGGGUAGGUUCUUUGCCACUAACGAGAUCAAAAUUGCGCUAUGUCACUUGCUGCUUAAGUAUGAUUGGCAGUUUUUGCCUGGGGAGGGAAGGCCCGAGGCUAGUUCGAUGGAGUCGACGACCUCGGUUAGUCCCACGGGACGGGUGCAGUACCGGAGGAGGGUGGCGGAGAUUGAUUUAGAUAACGUGAAUUUGGGAUAG